CCCCUGCGGGGGCUGUCCCCGGGGUUCCGCUGGGGGAGGCAGCGGGGCCACGGCCGCUCUGACGGCCUGUGGGGAAGGGCGGCUGCAGCGAGGGCGUCUGGCCAGCACCGGUGCGGUGAGCCGGGGCGCGUUGAGGCGUUUCCUGUGCGGAGCAGUGUGGAGGCGAUGCCAAAGCUGCAGGGCUUCGAGUUCUGGAGCCGCACCCUGGGGGGCGCCCGCCACGUGGUGGCGCCCAUGGUGGACCAGAGUGAGCUGGCCUGGAGGCUGCUGAGCCGCCGGCACGGGGCCCAGCUCUGCUACACCCCCAUGCUGCACGCCCAGGUCUUCGUCCGCGACGCCAACUAUCGGAAGGAGAACCUGUACUGCGAGGUGUGCCCCGAGGACCGGCCUCUCAUUGUGCAGUUCUGUGCCAAUGACCCGGAGGUGUUUGUCCAGGCGGCUCUCCUGGCUCAGGAUUACUGUGACGCCAUCGACCUGAAUUUGGGCUGCCCGCAGAUGAUAGCCAAAAGAGGUCACUACGGUGCCUUCCUGCAGGAGGAGUGGGACCUGCUCCAGAGAAUGAUUCUCCUGGCGCACGAGAAGCUCGCCGUGCCUGUCACGUGCAAAAUCCGAGUCUUCCCGGAGAUCGACAAGACCGUGAGGUACGCCCAGAUGCUGGAGAAGGCCGGCUGCCAGUUGCUGACCGUGCAUGGGCGCACCAAGGAGCAGAAGGGGCCCUUGUCGGGCACUGCCUCCUGGGAGCACAUCAAGGCCGUGCGGAAGGCAGUGGCCAUCCCUGUAUUUGCCAACGGGAACAUCCAGUGCCUGCGGGACGUGGAGCGCUGCCUCCAGGACACAGGAGUCCAGGGGGUCAUGAGUGCAGAGGGCAACCUGCACAACCCCGCCCUGUUUGAGGGCCGCAGCCCUGCCGUGUGGGAGCUGGCUGAGGAGUACCUGGACAUCGUGCGGCAGCACCCCUGCCCCCUGUCCUGCGUCCGCGCCCACCUCUUCAAGCUGUGGCACCACACGCUGCAGGUGCAUCAGCAGCUCCGGGAGGAGCUCGCCAAGGUGAAGACUCUGGAGGGUGUUGUGGCCGUGAACCAGGAGCUGAAGCUGCGGUGUCAGGAGGAUAUAUCCAGGCAGAAGGAGGGAGAGAAGCCAUCUGGUGGCUUGCCUUUCUUCCACUGGAUCUGCCAGCCCUACCUGCGGCCAGGGCCCGGGGAAGGGAGCAAGGAGAACGGGGGGGCACGGAGCAAGCGGGCCCUGGAGGAGGAGGAGGGCGGCGCAGACGUCCUGUCCAAGAACAAGCAGAAGAAGCAGCUGAGGAACCCCCACAAGACCUUCGACCCCUCGCUGAAGCCAAAAUACGCUAAGUGUGACCAGUGUGGAAACCCGAAGGGCAACAGGUGUGUGUUCAGCCUGUGCCGGGGCUGCUGCAAGAAGAGUGCUUUCAGAGAGGCCGCGGACUGCCCAGGGAGCCUCCCGCUACUCAGCGCGGAAGGAAGAGCUGGUCUCCCCUCGGCCAACGCCAGGAGCCCAGAAAUGCUGCACUGGGGAGCAGGCGCCCAGGCUGGACCUGCCCCCUCCCUGCAACGCGUGUGUUCAAAAGCGAACAAUAAAUGUGCAUCUCUGAAAGGAUGCAGAGAACCAGACGGCGCGAGCAGACCCUGCGCCUGCGAGACCUCGCGACGCGAGGCUGGGAGGGCGGAGCCAGGGCCGGUGAAGACUCAGCCAGUGGCCACGGGCGGGAGCCGCUGCCUUGGGAAACCCCUAAAGGAGGGGGUGUGGGCUGGCCUCAGCCCCCUCCUGGCCGUUUGGCCCGCAUAAUGGGUGGGGAGCCCUGACCCCAGAGCCUGACCUCAUGGAGAUGGGGCUCGCGAGCCCUCUUAGCGGGCAGGAAUGGCACAAGGGAACGUUCUCAGGCUGCCCUUUAAUGGACUGACGUCGAACUCGCCUGCACCCUCGAUGACACAACAAGGGGGCUGGGAGGCAGUGCUGCUGGGGGGCGGGGGCGGCACCAGGAGGUCACACGGGUGAGCCCUGGCCGUCUCCUUCCGAGAAGGGCCUUGAGCAGCAGCAGCCCCCCCUCGCCGGGCACAGCAGGGGGCGAGGGAACACGAGAAGCCGGGCCUGGAUGCCCUGGCAGGAGGCCCUGCAGAGCGGGGGCCAGGGGGGUACACAGGCCCUCCACAAGUAGCGGGUGAGCCGUGGGAGCCUGUGUGUCGAGGCCGCGGCGGGGGCGGGUGGGGCACGAGCCGUCCUGGAGGCCAGCGGGCGCCCUCACAUGUUGGUGCUCAUCCGGGACUGGCUGUUGGCCGGCGUCAGCUCCCCCUGGCUCCCUUCUCGGGGAGGGGACUGGAGGGGAGACGGGGCUGCUCAGCCCGGGGGACGCGUGUGCACCCACCCUGCCGCUCGUCUGCGCGGGGGCCGCCCCUGCCCUCACCUUGACGUGAAUCUGGUUGCGCAGCACGGCCGCCCGCAGGAUCAUGGCUUUGGCGCGCCUCUGGAACUCCUUCCCCAUCAGCAGGGACUUCUCGAAGGUCGUGCUGCGCUGGUCCACGUCCCGGGC